UAACUGCACGACGCUGCAGCCAGAAGCCCAACUGUUCACACUUUGUGAAUGGAGGAGUGCAGGAAAAUGAAACACAGACUCAUUAGUUAAAUCCUGAAACUAUGAGCUACUGUCCGGAGUGGAGUCCAGCUGCCGCGGAGCUCCGGCGGAUGGGAAGUUGCGACUCAGACCCGGAGCAGCAUCAACUUUUAUAGACUUUAAAGUCGCACCCUGCAAACCCCCCAGUUCAGAGGUGGGUCUGGACUCUGGGAUCCGGUGUCUGGAGAGCCUUGAUGUCAGACCUCUGCGCUUAUGUGUUGUCCAGGGAAUCUGGAAGAGACGAGGAGGAAAUCUCAAUCCCCUGAAGAACAGGUCUCUGCUGUUAAUCUGGCAAUGGAGCAUAAAUGAAAGGGACGCUUAUCUGGAUUAAUUGAGAGGAAAAACGGCAGGAUGCAGGAGAGGGACCUACUGAGUAUGUGCAGAAGGGCGCUGCUGCUGACAGUUUGUAUGGUGUCGCUCCUGGGACAACUGACUAGUGCGUCGUCACACCGUAGUCACAUAGUUCACGUGAAAGCAGGAACCUGCGAGGUAAUUGCCGCGCAUCGAUGCUGCAACAAGAACAAGAUCGAAGAGAGAUCCCAGACUGUCAAAUGCUCCUGCUUCCCCGGACAGGUGGCGGGAACGACGAGAGCAGCUCCAUCUUGUGUAGACGCAUCAAUAGUUGCGCAGAAGUGGUGGUGCCAAAUGCAUCCUUGCAUGGACGGAGAAGAGUGUAAAGUUCUGCCAGAUCUCAAAGGAUGGAGCUGCAGUACGGGAAACAAAGUUAAGACAACUAAGGUGACCCGAUAGUCAUGCGUUUCCAGGAGAACCGUAUUUGGAACCARACAUUUCUUUGACGAACAUUGUGGAUGUUUUGGAUACAAUAUGACUUGAGAAGAGGUGGAGAAAAAGAAGGGGGAAAAAGGACCAAGAAGGACUUUAGUUAUGGAGUCUUCAAUGAGCUAAAGAAGGGAAAAAGUACCAGGAAGCAUCUUCUGACACUACAUUGCCAAAAAAAAAAAAAACCUGAUUUUUGAUUUAACAUCAACAGUAGCUGUCUUUGAGCUCUGCCACGCACCAAAACUCUUUGUAUAAUAGUUCUAUUCUUAUGGACAGCUUAUGGACCAGAAUACUCAACCAUGGUUAUAUUUAUUGACUUUAAACCUGCAGAGAUGGAAGAGAAAAUAUUCACUCUACAAAAAAGACCAUGUGAUGUGAAACUUCUGUGUCAUACUCUUACUACAAGGAGCCAAGGGACUCUUGAUGCAGGUCCGUGUGGAAGAUCUCGUGAGAUUAUAAGCAUUUUCAUUUCUUUAAGCCUUACGAAGCAGAYAUCUUUAACGUUUCUUUUUUUUAAUUCAAAUCAGUCUGGCUUUUCUUCUUUUUAUGUUUAUUAUGAUGCUAAGUCAUUUAUUUUCAAGAACAACAAACACUUUCCAAAUAAUAAAUCCCUGAAAAAAGGGUUAAAAUAUGUGACUAAAAGUCACCAUCGGUCAACAUAGAUGAGUUUUGCCAAAAUGGUUUAAAUGGUAUCUGUUGUUUUCAAAGCCUGGUGAUUAUUCAUUCCAAAUGUCAAUAUUAUAUCAAUAAAUCUAUAUAAAUGAA